CCGGAAAAUGAUUGUCUCACGAGAGGAGGCGAGACUUUGGAUUUGAUCCUGAAAUUUGCAGAAAUGAAACGUAGCUGACGACAAAUCUCAAUAUUUUCCUUAUACAAUGACGACUUGAUUUUCAUCAUGAGUCUCAUCAUUGAUUAUGGUCAACUAGCAGAAGAUCAUCAAAGCUUACUGGUACUGGUAAACCAGACUGGUACCCUUAUUAAUAAUAAGACAUUUAACAGAGCAUGGGAAAGGAUACACAAAUGUAAUUGUAUCGGGAUACCAGGACAAAAAAGAAAAGCAUGGGUUAGGUACAAAAGAUCUUACCCGAAAGAAAAUAAUGAAUGGGGAGAUUUUCAAGCUCAUAGAAAAGUUCUUGGACUUGUUUCAGUUGGAGAGUGCUCAAAUAUUCAAGAAUUUGAAGAAUUAUUUGAUUGUUACAAAAAGGUGAAGGAGGAAUAUUCAGAUACUCUAUUUAAUUCAAGAUUAAUUAUUUUUGGAAUGAACCGUGAUGGUUCUCCUUUGUCGGAAGAAGAUAAAAGAAAAUUUUUAAAAAGUGGAAAGACUUCACCUGUACAUAGUGAAGACAGUGGAGUAACUUCUGAUCUCAGUCCAACAGAAGUUUGUGGUGAAGGAGACUGUACCAAAGAUAACAAAAUUCAAAAUGAUCCAGAAAUGAGUGGCAGACCCCAUAGUAAUAGUUUAACCAAAGAAAGUACUGGAGCUGAAGUUGUUUUCUUCCCAUGCAUUGAUGAAUGUCCGGAUUUAGAAGAGAAAUUAAAGGAAUUCGUUUCUUCCAUAUUUUUUGUUUUGGAUGGGAAGCGCUUGGACAGGUCAUUUGAAAGAGCUGAUAGAAUGCAGCUUAUUUGUGCUCCAUUUGAGAAAAAAGACUAUGUUGGUCUGGAUACUGAUACAAAAUCAUUCAGAAAGAAAUGCCAGGGUCGUCUACGUAAACAUUUGGCAGACUUGUGUUUACAAGCCGGUAUAUCAGGGGAGGCUAUUCUACAUUAUGAGACAGCUAUUGAUAUCCUGAAACCAGUGAAUGACUGGCUGUGGAUUGGUGCGUGUUUUGAAGGGUUGUGUUCAGCCUCAGUAAUACUAGUCUAUCCAAGAGUGAAAAAUCCGACACUUCGACGGGUGGAGUCUAUGUCUAUCAAGCCAGGUUCUUCCAUGGGGAAGGAAACCAAAAUCAGGGCAGGAAGUUUAAAGCACAAUUAUACUACCAAUGGCUUGCAGGAAUUAGCUGACCCUGUGGCCAAGACUGCACUUAAUCCUGCAGAUAUCAUUGAUAAAUACAGAGAAUGCAUACUUAAUUAUAGCAAGUUCAAGCUGGCAGCUGUAAUUGAGUUGGAAGCAUGUUUAAAAGCUUGUAGAUUUCUUAUUCAGCAAAGGAACCUAUUACAGGCUGCAGACUUCCUACAGAAUGUCGUUUACAUCAACAUACAGUCAACAGAUGAAGAUAAGAUAGACAGAUACUGUACACUAUCCCAGCUUUAUACACAGUUAGGAUUUCUGAGGAAGGCUGCAUUUUUCCGAAGAAUAGCAGCCAUGCAGUGUGUGACCCCACAGAACCCAAGACCAAACUGGCAACAAUGUUACCACUUAAUGAUGCAGUCUCUGGAAGGAUACAAACUCAUAUUUGAUAUCAAGGACAUUCCUGAUGUGCCAACAUAUGGAUGGCCUAUAGUGCAAUAUAGAGUACUUAAUGAGUUGAUCUACUCUGCUAAAAGAAUGGGUAACAUCCCCUUAGCUGUCAGGCAUUCAACAUUCCUACUGCAAACUCUACACAAGCAUUUAUCAUCUCCAGAGAAGUCAGAGAUUGUGUCUUCUCUUGAAUCAUUGACAGCUCGAUGUGCGGGGACCACACAAGCUCUAGCUCUAGAUAAUGGUGUAAUAUUACCACCACUUCCGUUAACAGAGAUUCCUCAUGUCAGGUCAUUUAGACUGGUACCCGCUGCACCACAUUUGGAACCAGUCAAGAUUGUCUCAAAGUCUGCAUCAGCAGAGAAAGACUUAUUUAUUUACACACCUCUUUCCAUAGGAUCGAAUAGCACCCCAGAGAAAACCAACAAAGUUGAUUUCCGAUGGGUAGCUAAAGACAUAUGUGAAGUGCAUUUACAAGUAUUUAACCCUAUGCCAGAAGAACUCAAAAUUACGCAAAUGGGUUUGUUGAUAGAGGGUGUAGAAAUGGAGAUGUACCCUACUAAUCCAGUGAUACCUGCUGAAUCUGGACCUUAUCUAGUCAAAAUGUUAUGUCGACCAAAGUCUCACGGAGAACUAAAUAUAUUAGGUUACACAACUUUAGUGUAUGGUGUCCACAGUAACUGCCGAUUAAAAGACAUUCCUCAUUUACAUGAAACACAAUCAAAAGUUGAAAUAAUACCUCCAUUACCAAAUGUUCAAGUCAAAUCCUCUUUUCCUCAGUCAGCCAUGUUUAUUACUGAAUCAGAUGGUGCGAAUGUUGUGACGACUGCUUCUGCCUCUUUAUAUGCAGGUCAAAGUGAAGAAUGUUUGAUAACAGUUCACAACACUAGUGUUCAGCCUGUUGAGAGAGUUGAAGUCAAACUUAGGUGUAAAUCUGAAGAGAAGAUGUAUUUCUCCAAGAUAUUUAACUGGUGUUCAGAUAACAUAAAAUCACAACUACCUAUACAGUCAUCAAAGAAGAUGUGUUUUAGUGUGUGUGUUUCUGGUCAUUCUGAUUUUCUUCUGUCUUCCUUCAGUAAACAUUCAUCUACUUCAGGUAGUGAAGUAAGUGAAAAUACUAGUGCUGUGAUAAAAGACACUGUUGUUCAUAAGUGUUUUGAGACAACACUCCAGAUACAGUAUAGUGGUGGAGAGGGAUUAAUGUCUGGAUUCUGUAGACUCUGUUCCAUAGCUUUUACUGUAGAUAUUUUACCGUCUGUGAUAUUUGUCAAUUGGGAUGUUCUUCCUGCUGAGGGCCCUGACCACUGUGUUUUAGUAUUUGAUGUGAAGAAUGUGAGUGGUCAUCAGAUAGAAGUACAGUACACUGCUGAUCAAAAUGUUAUCUUAGAACCAGAAGAAGUGAGAAGGGUAUCUGUACAGGUAGAAAGAUGUAUUUUUCCUCCUGAGCCAGAGCCUUCUGUAGACCUGAAGAACACUGUGAUUAAACAUAUAGGACAUUCCAAUCACUAUAGUCAAUUCUUGGCUAGUUUUGUGGACAUUCGAUGGAAUAUUCCAUCAGAAACAUGUUGUGGAAAAGCUAGUAUAGAACACCUAAAAUGGACUAUUGAACAGUUAGAGUUAAUCUCAGUAUCACAGGUUUCCUGGGAUAUUAGAAUAAAUGAUGAAAUGUAUACAGAUACGUGUAAUCCUGAAGUAUUGGUUGGUAGACUGAUGUUAUUGGAUGUUAAGCUGACCUUGAAAGAAGAUUUAGAAGCCAGUGAAGGUGAACUUGAAGUAUCAUGCUGUAGUAAAGUUAAUUGUGAAAUAGACAGUAUGUGUACAUUAAUGGGAACAGACUCUCUUUUAGUGCCAAAUGUUGAUGUUUCUAGUGCUGUGAAAUUUUCAACAUCAUUCCUAUUUCAUGUUAGUGGACAUUAUACAUUAGAUGUUAAAUUCACUGUUCGACGGACUAACGCAGAAAGUAUAGUGUUCAAAUGUUAUAAGAUUCUGUUGAUUGUUGACGAAGAGGAUAGAUAGAAUUUAUUAACUAAUUUUUUUACCAUGGAAAAAUUUCAUGAAGUGAUGCAUUCUCUUUUCAGCUGAAUUUGUCUGUUCCUGGUGUGAUUUAUGAAACCAAGUGUCUUCAAAUUUCAAUGAAAUUGUCCAAAAUUUCGAUGAAAUUGUUCAAAAGUAAUUUUUUGACUAUAGAGAACUUUCAUGAAGUGACAUGUGCACUUUACAGUUGAAAUCAUCUGUUCCAGGUUUGAUUUAUAAAGCCAAGUGUCAUCAAAUAUCAAUGAACCAGUUAAAAAGUAAUAUUUGUGAAAGGGAAUUCCUGUUUAAAUGGAUGUGUGAGAGUAGGAAGGGAUUUCCAAUAUCCAGCUACAACAAACAUAAUUUUACCCACAAUUCAUAUCAAAAAACGAAACCUCCCUUCUUACCGUCCCACAUCAAUUUUAAUGGAAUAGCCCCUGUGGGAUUUUCCUUCCUUCCAGUCAGUUAAAAUUAUAUCCCUGAAGUUUUUAUUUUACUUUGAUGGCUGUGGAUUCAUAUAUUUUUGUGUGACCAAUUUUCAUGGCUUGAGGAAAAUUGUAUAUUCGUGGAUAUCUGAUUUCGUGGUUUUGCCAAAGUUUGUAUACAAGCCUAUAGAAAAAUUGUUACUUUGUUGAACAUUGAAAGUUGUGGUUCAACUUUACAUACGAAAUCCAGGAAAGUUGGUAUCCCACAAAAAAUAAUUAAUCCACAGUAUGGAAAAUAUACAAAUCUUCAUACAUGUACAUUUCAGAUCAUUUUACACCAAUCAUAGAAGUUUACAGGGUGAAACCAUAGACGGCUGUUACAUGUUUAUUCAGUUAACAGUAGUUGAGAAAUUGACCAGGUUAACCAUUUAAAUCUCAAGUUGUUCAUUUUAUCAAGUUUUUAGAUGACAUUUAUUUAGAAAAGCUUGAUUUCUACUUAAUUAUUCAGAUGAAUUAUUCAUAGAAAAUUUGAUUUGCACUCAUGUUUGAAUUGGCUAUAGACAUUUUUGCUUUUCUGAAGAACAAGAUCCAUAAAAAUUUGAAACCCUUUUAUAAUGUAUUCAUUGUAAAUUAAGCACAUUAAUUGAUUAAUGCUGGUGUUUAGCUAAGGCUGAUUUAUUUUUAUACGACCGCAAAAAAAUUUUGUGGUCGUAUAUUGGUAUGACGUUGGCGUCGUUGUUGUCGUCGUCGUCGUCGUCGUCGUCGUCGUCGUCGUCGUCCAGC